CGAUAUUUUCAUUGUACGGUUGUGUCACAAUUUCUUCUGGAGUUUUUCACUUCUUUGAGACAACUGUCCGGGCAGUUCACCUUUAAAAGUAGUGCGAAAUGGCGGCUGUUCCUGCUGAUCUGAAGUCUGUCGUGUCCAGCCUCACCUCCAAACGGAAACAUGUGCCGCACUGGUACCUGUAUGACACACGGGGGUCGGAAAUCUUCGAGGAAAUAGUUCGUGCUUCUUCGACCUAUAAACAUUGGAAUCAUGAACACACCUUGAUUCAGGAACAUAUGAAGGACAUCGUUGGUAACAUGCCCUCUUCCACAAUGCCGGUUGAGCUGGGUAGUGGUGCUUCCUCCAAAACACGUCCGGUUAUAGAGGCCUUGCUUGAACGACAAGGAGAAUUGACGUAUGUGCCCGUGGACAUAGCGACAGACUACAUUCAGGAAAUCUCACGAGAACUGGAGCGAGAGUACAACGCCCUAACGGUGGAGCCAUUCGGGGGGUUGUUCAUGGACGGGUUACGUCAUGUCGCUAGUCGCUCGGAGCCCAAACUUCUCCUAUUCCUCGGCAACAGUUUUGCUAACGUCCCCAUUGAUGAGCAGCUCCCCAUGAUGAAGGAAAUAAGGGCACGUCUCAAAGUCCAGGACCGCUUCUUGCUGGGGCUGGACAUGAACACUGAUCGCGAGGCCGUCAUCAGGGCUUACCGGACCGGGUUUACGCGGUGCCCAUGGCUGGAUAACUUCAUCGAUCGCCUGAACAAGGACUUUGAGGCAGACAUGAACAAGAUGGCGUUUGAGAACACCGUGAAUUUCGUGGAGAACCCUGCUGACGGGGACACGCCCAGCUAUGUUCAGCAAUAUCUCAGGAGUUCUACAAAUCAACGUGUGCACCUGAGAAAGCUUGAUGUCACCAUAGAUUUCCUGGCUGGCGAGAGGCUUUAUCUGGCAGAAGGUCAGAACUACAGCUGUAAAUACAGUGAGCAUCAGGUGCGCCGUCUGGCGGAGUUAAGCAACUUUGCAGUAGAGGGCUUCUGGGUCAACGAGGAAGCCAAAUACUGUGUGGUGUGCUUGGUCCCAAAUGGAAAGUGAUCAACACAAAAUCAUUCUUCGAGUAGUAAUGGGAACUGUGAACGGUGCUGGGGGCAAAAAGAACAAGUUGAAACAUUUUUUUAUAGUUUUUCCUUAACAUAAUUGUACUUGCACAACUCCAAUUCACCUGCAUUCAGGUGUAUAUAAAAGAGGAACUUUUAGACCAUAUAUGUGGAUGUCCUUUAGCCUGCCCAAAGGUAAAUUAACAGCUUUAUCAAAUCCAUUUUGUAUUCAAUUGAAAAAAUUUAGGAACUUGGAAAUAUUUAAUUGUUAUAUAUAGCUAUGCUGAAAAGGCUUUUGCAAACUUUCUAUCAUUGACUUUGUAUAGUGGGUAUUUAUAAAAAAAAUCAAUGUUGUCUUUUUCGAAUCUUAUGUUCCAGAUUACAGUGUCUACUGUUGGAUAUGUUUCAUCUGCUUUGUUGCAUACGCCCAUAUCCGCA